AUGUCCUCAGAUACUAUUAUUCUCUCGAUAGAUAAGGAAAAUUAUCUCUAUGAUGCCUUCACUCAAUCAUUUUCCAAAAGGCUUUCAGAUGUGCCUUUGUCUAAUGAUGUCUCGCUAAUCGGUACUAAGAAGCCCAGCCAAAAGAUCUUCCAAUAUGGUGACUACGAAGAUUUGAAUUUCGACAAGAUUCGGGACCCUAAUUACUUGAUAUGUGCUUAUGUCUACAGAAAAGCUUUAAUAAGAAAGCACUACCUUAGUCAUAGUAUUCUUCUAUAUACAGUCAAAAAUCCUACCUCCAUUUUGAAGUCCGCAUUCCCAGAAACCUACCAUAUCGAAGUUGAUUACGCGGAAUUUUUGGAUGAUGCCUUGUAUGAAUGUUGUGAAUUAAGAAAUGAGCUUGUUGAUUCUAGCAAUGACAAAAUCUGGAUCUUGAAACCAAGUAUGAGUGACAAAGGUCAAGGUAUCAGAAUUUUCAAAACUAUCGAACAAUUGCAAAGUAUCUUCGAUUCGUUUGAGGAAGAUGAGGAAGAGGAAGAAGAAGAAGAGGAGGAGGAGGAGGAGGUGAUGGUAGUGGAAAAUUCUGUGAGCCACACUGGAAAACCUAAGUCCUUUUCAGAUGGAAUUAUCACUUCUCAAUUAAGACAUUUCAUCAUCCAAAAGUAUCUCGCCAAUCCCCUACUUUUAAAAGCCUAUAAGAAUAAAAAAUUCCACAUAAGAACAUACGUUUUGUGUUCAGGAUCUCUAUCAGUUUACGUGUAUAAAAGAAUGUUGUCUUUGUUUGCUGCUGAACCGUAUAAUGGCUCCGAUAUUGCUAAUAUUGAUGAAGAGAUGGAAAAGUUGAACUUAAACAAGCACUUAACUAAUACCUGCUUGCAAACUUCUGAAGAUGCUGAGUUGAAUAAUAGUGUUGUUGAAUUUGGUGAUUUGGAAGGUUUGACUGAGGAAGAUAAACAACAAAUUCUUGAUCAAAUUUACGAGAUAGUCAAAGAUUUAUUUAAAGCCGCUCUCAACGUCGACAGAUUCAGUUUCCAACCUAUCGAAAAUGCAUUUGAGUUUUAUGGUUUGGACUUUUUGGUUGAUGAUAAAUUGAAUGUCACUCUAUUGGAAGUUAAUGCAUACCCAGACUUCAAGCAGACUGGUGAUGCCUUGAGAUCUUUGGUUUAUGGCUUAAUUGAUGAAGCCGUGAAUGAAAUUGUUUGUCCAUUUUACAACAAGGAGAAAGAAGAAAUUAAAAGCCCAAAUUUAGUUAAAGUUCUAGAGCAAGCCACGAGUGGUUAUUAG